GUAAAAAUGGCGGUCGUUUGGCCAAGGCAACGAUUUACAGUCGUUGGUGUGACACGAAACGGAGCAGUCGUCGACAGAUUUUCCCGAUUUUAGUGCGGUUUCUAAAGGAUAGGCGAUCCGGAAGGCGCACCAUUGGAACCACAUUUAAACGCAGAUUCUGAAACCGAAUGUGUUAAACCGAAGUUUUAAACAAUGUCAACAUUAACCGAAUCUAUUAAACCACACAAGUCCCAUAAAAGAGGUCCCAACUUUAUCUCUAAUGGGCAGAAGAAAUUUGUAAAGAGUCGUAAAAGAUCGAAAAGUUUUACCGGCGGGGGAUUGGGGAAAAUUAAAACGUUCAAAUCUGUACUACCAAGUAAAUUUCUACUGGGAGGCAACAUAAACGACCCGCUUAAUUUGAACAGCCUUCAAGAUGAAGAGAUAAACCGCGCGAUGAACGCAGUCACCCCAAAAUCUUCGCCAAUUCCAACCCCGCCUCGACGUAGAGGCCAAGUGGAAGUAAUAAUACCUCCAAAUAUUAAUGAUCCUUUAAAUUUGAUCGAUUGCGCUGACGACGCCGAGUACGAACAACAAUUAUGCUCACCGAUCAAGAAAGGACGGAAGAAAAAAGCACGGAAGCGGCGUACUACAUCCGGCACGUUGUAUUCCGACAGUGAUAUGAACGUGAGCGAAGCGCAAACUCCCGAAGCUAGUAAAGAUUCUGCAAAAGUACCGGAAGCAACAUGCAGCGCGACAGUUGUUAAAGAAUCUACCAGCACCAAUAAAGAGGGAAGGGAUUUACAAUUAGAUUUUACCAUUUCCCCCAAGAAGGACAAGCCGAAACGGAAAAGCGAAGAUCACAAAGAUAAUGUUAAGAAAUUAAAGUAUGCGAUGGAUAAAAUUGUCAGUCCGGUGGUCCCACAGCCGGGUGCAUGGUUGAAGAGGAAUACCAAUAGGAAUCAAUGGCAGCAUAAACAUCGAAAUCAGAACAAAGGUGCUGUACUAGUCAUGCCAAAGUUUAAAGAAAAAGAUAAACAGUAUCAAUAUGGCAAUUAUAAUAGAUAUUAUGGAUAUCGAAACGCGCAGCAUGAUGUCGAUGCGCGUUUGAAGUGUUUUGUCUCGAAUCGUGACCUCUUUGAGAGGAAAGAUAUUCUAGAUAUAGGCUGUAAUAUCGGUCACAUAACGCUGACGGUGGCGCGCGAUUUUGGGGCCCGCAGCGUCGUUGGAAUUGACAUCGACAAAAAUCUAAUCGGCAUCGCGCGGAAAAACAUUAAGCACUACGUGAGCAGCGCGAAUAUCGGCGGGGAUGCGACGUCGCCCCUAUACGUCGACUAUGGGCACGACGAGGGUGCGACGUCCACGGAUCCCAGCAAUUCGUGCCCCCGAUCGAAAGUGGUGGCCUCGUGCAAUUCGAGGGCGGUGCGUGAGCUCAAGCAAAAAAGUAGUGAGUUUUUCCCCAUAUCUAUGCCUAUAUUAUAUGGGCCUAUUGAUAUUCCAGGCUUCAGUGACAAGAGGAAGGGCAAAGGGUUUCCGCAUAAUGUUACUUUUGUACAGGGUAACUAUGUACUGGAGGACGACGCGUUAAUCAACACUGAACAGCCGCAAUUUGACGUAAUUUUAUGUUUGAGCAUCACGAAGUGGAUACAUUUGAACUGGGGUGACAAAGGGAUUAAGCAGGCUUUUAGGCGAAUGUAUGCGCAGCUACGGCCUGGCGGAAAACUCGUUCUUGAACCCCAAAGUUGGACUAGUUAUAAAACCAAAAAGAAAUUGACUGAAACAAUAUAUAAAAAUUACAACACGAUACAGUUUUUCCCGGAAAAUUUCACGCAAUAUUUGCUUUCCCCGGAAGUGGGAUUUGCAAAGAGCGAAAUUCUUGCUUUCCCACAACACCACUCGAAAGGAUUUCAAAGGCCGGUGCAAGUUUAUACCAAAAGUACGAUGUUUCCAAGCGAGCGCGUUGAAUGCACGCCGAGCACACGAGAUGUGGAACGACCGGAAACGAGCACACGCCGCGUUUACGCGCCUUUACCUACCCCGGAGGAUAAUGAGCCCGAAUAUACAUGUAAUAAUGAAUCACGGUCGCCGUUGCGGAAUAACACGGACAGUAAUAUGUCUAGUAGCGCUGGCGAGCAGGACCAUCGUCCUGUGUCGGUUCAGGAGCAGGAGAAUGUGUCAUGUGAUGGAUGUGCAGACAAUAUGCAAACGACAACCCCGUCCAGUGCUACGAAUGGUAUUGCCGAUGAAGCAAGCAGGGACGACAUUGCGUUGAUUAGUCCUGACUUAAGUUCGGAUAAAACUUAAAACUGCUCUUUGCUAUUGAACCUUGUUAAAUAAAUAUUGUUCAGAUCAUUUUGUUGUUCGUUUAAGUAACUGUACUGAUUUUUUUCGCUUUUUGAUAUACCUUUUUUGUAUUUAAUUUUUGAUUUUUUUGAUUUGUAAAUAUCUUUGAAGUAGUGUUUGUUCCACCAAUGAAGACUUUCUUUUUGUAAAUAAUUGAUGAAAAGAUAUUAAAUUUAAAACUAUUACUAAAUAAAUACUAUACAUAGUUAGAAGUGCAGAGAUUUUCGAAACUCAAUAAAGUCAUUAUUACUGAUAA